UCAUCAAAAAGAAAUUCUCAUUCCUGCACAUUUUUUUUCUUCAAACUGUCAGUCGCAGUCGCAGAAAAAUUUUCCACUUUUCAACCAUCCACCAAAAUCCAAUAAAACUGACAACCAUUCAAAUUAAUUUGCAAUAAAAGGCAAUGGCAUCUGCACGCUCUGCUCGAGGAUUACACAAACUUUUUGUCGGAAAUCUACCCUGGACCGUAGGCAAUCAGGAAUUGCGUUCGUAUUUUAAAGAUUUUGGCAAAGUUCUUAACGCCAGUGUUGUAUUUGACAAAAAGACUGGUCUAUCGAAAGGAUACGGUUUUGUAACAUUCAAUCAUUUGUCAUUGUUGCAAAACGUUGAAAACACACAAAAGCAUAUUUUAGAAGGCAAUUAUUUGAAUGUACAAAAAUCAUAG